CUAAACCGCAUUUCCAUAUAGACUGUGUCUGGGUCACUAUAGUUAACUGGAUUGGACCGUUAGUUUAAAAAAAUAAACGUCGUAAAACACACGUAUAAAAAAUCUGUAUGAAAAUAAGACAGGUGUGUUUAAAAGAAUUAGUGAGUGAAGGGUAUAUCUUAUGCAUUUUCUGCCGUUGCCAUCGAGGAUGGGUUGUGACUUGUACUAAAUAUUCAAAAUGGCGAACAUAGGAUCAGCGAGUCAAGAUGAGCGCUUGAGAGCAGAUUCUACAAGUGGCCCAACAGAAUCACGUAAAACUGCCAUGGAAAUUGGAAUGAAUAGAGUCCAAGCUGCUCAAACAAAUGGUCUGGACUCACAGCAGAAACCAAAUGGACAAGCAACAAGUGCAAUCAGCACACAGGCCUUACUUCAACAGUUGAGUCUGAGCUCGGCGCAGCAGCAGCAGCUGUUAAUGCAGCAGGCACAGCUUUUAGCAGCAGCCGUGCAGCAGUCAGCCAGCCAGCAGAGCACCACCGGAGCAAACAUCUCCACCUCAGCCGCCACGCCCAUCACCCACAUCCCCCUCUCUCAGCCCAUCCAGAUCGCAUCUCAGUUGCAGCCUUCAGGUCUGAACCUGCAGCAGUUUGUGUUGGUACAGCCAGGCCAGCUGCAGCCUGCCCAGUUCAUCAUCUCCCCUUCACCUCAAGGACAGACUGGCCUCCUUCAAGCCCAGAAUCUUUUGACACAACUACCUCAAAGUCAACCCCAUGUCCUGCAGCCUCAACCAAGCAUUGCUGUAACCACACAGGCAGCAACCCCCACACGGAAGAUAGCUGCCAUGCCAGCUCCUGCCCCGCCUCCUCCGAAACGUGUGGAAGUUUCUAUAGUGGAGGAGGCCAGUGACCUGGAGGAGCUGGAGCAGUUUGCCAAGAACUUUAAACAGAGGAGAAUUAAACUGGGCUUUACUCAGGGGGAUGUGGGCUUGGCCAUGGGAAAGCUCUACGGCAACGACUUCAGCCAGACCACUAUAUCUCGGUUCGAGGCCCUGAACCUAAGCUUCAAGAACAUGUGCAAGCUCAAACCUUUGUUGGAGAAGUGGCUUAAUGAUGCAGAGAACAUGACAGACACUGCAGUUUCUAGUCCCAGUGACCUGUCUCCAGGUCUUUGUGAGGGCAUGAACCGCCGCCGCAAGAAGAGAACCAGCAUUGAGCCCAACAUCCGCCUUGCACUGGAGAAAAGCUUUUUGGAGCAAAGCCAAAAGCCUACCUCUGAGGAGAUCACACUGAUCGCAGAUCAGCUCAGCAUGGAGAAGGAGGUGGUGAGAGUGUGGUUCUGCAACCGCAGGCAGAAGGAGAAGAGGAUCAAUCCUCCAAGCAGCAGCAGCAGCAACCCCAGCACCCCCAUCAAAACUGUUUUUACCAACUCCACACCAGUGGUGUCCAGUGCCUCAAGUACACUGACUGCAAAUUCAGCGCUCCCUCUGAACACUGCCUCUGUCCCCAGCAUCACUCUCACUGGUACAACUCUAGGAACAGUCACGUCAAACACACCUUCAGUCAUCUCUCUGGCGCCUGCUAUCGCCAAUCCAGCUCCUACCAUAACAUCACCAUCGCUUACUACCUCUGCCACUGCAGCGGCUAUGAGCAGUUCAAAGCAGGAUAUGGUUGCUACGAGUGAAACUGGUGCCACCAUGGCAACAGCAGCUGCACAGGGUCAGCUUGUGGUGACUCCAGCGGGGCUGGGCGGGGCUAACCUGGCAGCUGUGGCAGCAGCUGCAGGCCUUAACCCAGGAAUUAUUGCACCCUCCCAACUGACUCAGGGGGGAGCUUUGCUGAGUUUGGCUCCAGCAGCUCUUGGUAAUGCACUGAAUCCAACAGCGCUAAUGAACACCACCACACUGGCCACUAUUCAGGCUCUUGCAUCUGGGGGUGCAUUGCCCAUAACCUCCAUCGAUGGAAAUGGCAACCUGCUGUUUGCCAACACCAGUGCAGGAGGAGCAGGUCCUAGCCUGGUGACAACUCCUCUUCUUUUCAACCCCUCAAGUCUGUCACUGCUCCCCACCAAUGUGCUGUCUGCAGGUGGCGCUGCAGGCGGGGCUCUCAACCUACAGGUGACGAGUGAGGCACACCAGAGUUCCAUUGCUCACACAGCAUUGCCAGUCAAAAGCGUCACUGUGGCCUCUAAGGCUCAAUGAACUUUUGGCUUGCUCCCUUGCUUUUCUUAAGACUCUUAUUUAAUCCCUUUGCUAUUACCAAAUAUUGAAACUUUAUUACUACUAUCUUUGUCCUUCUCCUUAUGGCAGGAGGCUACCUUUGUUUUUGUGGACAAUGCCAACUGUCUGUCUUGGCAUUUUGUUUCUUAGGACCUUUAUGGGUUUUUCAUUACUUUUCUAACUGUACAGUAGUUCUGUACUAUUAUUACACAUGCUGGGUAAGCAGCUGGAGUUCUAAUAUCUUUACCUUUUUGCAUGGGUUUGGAGGGUCUUUUUCCUGAAACAAUUUCUAAAAUCUAAUAUUUCUAAUUACAGAUUCUACCAAAAAUGUGAAAAUUUUUGAUGUCUACUCAAUUGUCCUUAAAUGAGAUUACUCAGCACAACAGAGUUUAUAUUUCACUUUGUAAAAGGUUCCUUUUAUUUCUGGGCCUCUUGUGCAGGUCCACUGUAGAAUAGUUCAGAUUUAUAACCAAGAUCAUUUCAUAUAUUUUAUCAUUUAAUUUAGAUAUGAAACUGCAAAUUGUCUGGUUGGAUUUUUGUGUGAGGCUUUUAAAAAUGUUAUUGCUCUAACUAUUGCAUCACUUUAUAAACUCGGUUAGAAGGCUUUAAAACUAGUAAUAAAUCACAGAGGCUCUGGUUUAAAACAGUGUCUCUCUAAGCAAUGCAAGUGGUUUUUGUUCUCUUCAACUUCUGUCUGCAAACACUGAUUUUACUUUUAGCUCUGUGAUAGUCACUCGGGGUAGACAAUGUCUGCAAACAACACUGAUUCUGAGAGUUAAAUAGAUGAGGGAUAAGUAAAUGUGAUUUAUUAUGUUAAGAUAUAGCAACUCGUGAUACUUGAUAGUGUCCAGUUGUACAUUUAACUGGUAAGUUAUCACAUUAGGUUUAAAGAAGAUCUGUUUGAGCAAGAUUUUUAGUACUUACAGAUGCUGAGGUCAGCUUCCUCCUCUUUCGGUAGCUGGAUCUUUUAAACAGCCAAACAAAAAUGUCUCAUCACUAUUGCUGAAAGAAGACAGCUAAAGUAAUUAUAGCAGUUAUUGUAAUUUCAUGAGCAAGGAGUAAGAUGUUACAGAUGCUUAUAAUCUCUCUCAGAUCAACUUUACGUAUUCUAGCUGGGCAUUUCUGUUGUUGUGUUGAGGCAAGUUGAUUUGAUAUGAGAAACAUCAACCAAAGUGAACCCCUAGCUGCUAAAUGUAAUCAUAGAUAACCAUCAUACAGUCACUGAAUAGAGAUGACAAAUCUCAUGCGUGCGUGCAUUCAGCAUCAUAUCUAUAUUAAUCAGCUGAGGUCAAUUACCUUGUGUGCAUAGCAACCAACCAGACAUGGGUUGGCCCUGUGCUCUUUGUAGCAAGUACUUUUUUUUUUUUAGAAAUACCUCAGCUGCAUUUAAUAUUGAAGCAUAAUACUGAUGUGAAAGGUAUUUUCUAGAAUUCUGUCCUAAAUGUUUUUCUGAAUUUGUUGGUCCUCAGAAUUUAGAUUUACCUUUUUGGCUUUAGAUGUGUCUAUAGAGCAUUACAAAUCAUUAACUUUUUGGAAACUGGACUAUUGUAGACUGACUUCUCGCUGAAGUACUUCCUCAGAAGAAUACUGAUGAGAAUAGAGAGCUAUCGCACACCCUCUCCACUGCUGGGAUGAGCUGAGAAACCCUUCGAGUUGUUACAAAAGGGAUUUAAAAAAAUUUGCGACUUGCUGAGUAUAACUCCUAGAAUAAUCCUGAAAAGAAAUUGCUUUGAAUUGGAUUUAAAACUCAGCAUGAGUCAGUUCUCUAAAGUUAUUUCAUAGUGCUGGUUUUGGUAAUGAAUGCAUUAAAAAUACUACUGCAUUGCUAGUACUACUAUUUUGUGUUUGGUGGGUUUUGUUUUCCCUGUUUUACAUGCCAAAUACCUUCUGCUCUGCUGCUUUCUACUACCAGUGUUACUAACCAGCAGCAGGAAUCCCCACCUCUCUCCUGGAUCAGGUUUUAUUCACAUUCUUGCAUGUGUGAUGUAAAUGAAAGAAAACAUACGUGUGUGUGGGGGGGGGUUUAAUUUGGUUUAUAACACACAUUAAAAAAUGGUGGCGGGGGAGCAAAUGCCUUAAAAAUUUAAAUCAUAUUGUGCUUUGUCCUUGUUUGUUUGCUUAAGCCUUAAACCUGAGGCUUUUUUUGCCGUGAGGGAGGAGGAGUGCAGGCAACUUUUAAUAAAGAGCGUCAGUAAGACUCACUUCAGGUUCUCAUCAUCCCUGUGAAAUUUUCGUGUUCCACUGUAGUCCUGUGUUUUAAAUAAUGGCACACAAGAGAAAUACCAAAGACUUGAUCAGUGAUUGAGACCCAGAGCUGCCACCUCUCCUGUGUGGCUGCUUAGGGGAGACAUCAAGAACACUUUUCUCUUCACAAACACAUGAGCACAAAUGCCCUCCCAAGAAUUUAGUUUUUACAGAACUUUUAGUGUUCCUUCUGUGUGCUACUGUGCGGUUUUUGAUGUCACUAUAACACCGUCAUAUGGUGUUUAUUACAUUUCCUUGCUGAUGCUCAUUAGCAGCAGUGUUUGGUGUUUGUUUUAUUUUUUCAAGCUUUGCUCCAAAGCAAAUAUUUUCAUUACUGCUGUUAGAGAAAAUACCAAAGAUUAUUUUCUUCUUUUUUUUUUUUUUUUUAGUGUUUUGUCUUUGCUUCUAAAUUCCGAUUUUUUUAUAUAUUUUUUUUACAUUUUUUUUUGUAACUCGGUUGCUGUCACUUAACAUCUUAUUCACUUACUGAACUUUUUGUUUUUUCAAAUGCAUGGUUUUCUAUACAACAGUGGUACGUGUAGGAACGAGGUAUUUUGCAUGCAGGUUUUAUAAUGUGCAUCUUCCACGGUAAUUGCUAUCUUUAUUUUCAGAUGUAAACCUUAUCAGUUUUAGGGUUUUACUUUGUCACUACAGAAUGCGUAUCAUUUUCAGCUUUAUGGUAGAGGAAAGCUACCAAAGGUUUUCUUCACAACACCACAAAUUGCACACAAAUAAGAUUCUCAAGAGCUUUGUUCAUAAAAUGGCUUCUCCAAGGUGAAGUGGAUGAAAAGUGUUUUAACCUAACAAACUGGGUCAUCUGGUAUUAAUACUGUAAUCUGCUGUUUUUGUUUUUAAUGUCUAUUGCAUAGUCUUUAUGGAAGAUGUAGUUGUAUAUAUCAUUAAAACAUUUUCAAUGUGUUACCAAAA